AUGGGCUCUUUCAGUACAAGUUAUGUUCUCGACCACUACACCAGACCACUGAAGAACAACGACCACUACACCAGACCACUGAAGAAUAACGACCACUGCACCAGACCACUGAAGAACAACGACCACUACACCAGACCACUGAAGAACAACGACCACUACACCAGACCACUGAAGAACAACGACCACUACACCAGACCACUGAAGAACAACGACCACUACACCAGACCACUGAAGAACAACGACCACUACACCAGACCACUGAAGAACAACGACCACUACACCAGACCACUGAAGAACAACGACCACUACACCAGACCACUGAAGAACAACGACCACUACACCAGACCACUGAAGAACAACGACCACUACACCAGACCACUGAAGAACAACUACACCAGAGCCUUAUCAUAA